CCGUUCGUUCUGUGUAUUGGAGGCUCCAGGGCUGCUGGGGAGGAGCGAGGCUCGUCUUUAUCAGUAAGACAGCGCCGCUGCUCGAGCGCUACACUGACCGUCCGCCGCGCGCAAUCACCGUUUGAUCGGGACCCGCGCGGAGCCUCUCCGUUAUCUCGCCGCGCACCACUGCAGCAGAAGGGCAAGAGGAACUCCAAAGAGGAUCAUUUAGUUCAUCUCCGUUGACCCUUUCUGGGAGAAAAACACGGACUUCACUGACACCUGUCCUGGGAGAUACUUCGUCGAAGACCUUUGCGUGUAACUGAGUGAAAGAAAGAAGUUUUGUCCGUCGCUGCCGCUGAACGUUCGUAACCUUGGAGCUCGUAACCGCUGUUUGGUGAGGAUGGGACCGUUGCUCGUCUCCAUCGCCCUCUGCGUGCACCUCGCUGUCCCGCAUCUCGUCAAAGCAGCAGAUGGUGAGGAUCCAACUUCAGCAGGACCCUGCCAUCCAAACCCUUGCCACAAUGGAGGCAUCUGUGAAAUCAGCGAAACGUUCAGAGGCGACACAUUCAUUGGAUAUGUCUGCAAGUGUCCAUCAGGAUUCAAUGGGAUCCACUGCCAGCACAAUGUUAAUGAAUGCGAACGAAGCCCCUGCAGAAACGGCGGGAUCUGCACAGAUCUGGUUGCGAACUAUUCCUGUGAAUGCCCGGGGGAAUAUAUGGGAAGAAAUUGCCAGUACAAAUGUUCUGGUCCACUGGGCAUGGAGGGUGGCAUCAUCUCCAACCAGCAGAUAACAGCCUCAUCUACUCACCGAGCUCUCUUCGGCCUCCAGAAGUGGUACCCCUACUUUGCCCGGCUGAAUAAGAAGGGCCUGGUGAACGCCUGGACUGCAGCCGAGAAUGACAGAUGGCCCUGGAUUCAGAUUAACCUGCAGAGGAGGAUGCGGGUCACAGGAGUGAUAACCCAAGGAGCCAAGCGCAUCGGGAGCCCAGAAUAUGUUAAGUCCUACAAAGUGGCCUACAGCGAUGACGGAAAGACCUGGAGGACAUACAAAGUCAAGGGCACAGAUGAAGACAUAAUCUUCCGAGGGAAUAUUGAUAACAACACUCCAUUUGCGAACUCAUUCACCCCUCCAAUCGAGGCUCAGUAUGUGAGGAUCUACCCGCAGGUGUGCAGGAGACACUGUACUCUCCGCAUGGAGCUGCUGGGCUGUGAGCUCUCAGGAUGUUCGGAGCCAAUGGGCAUGAAGUCUGGCCACAUCCAGGACUACCAGAUCACAGCCUCCAGCAUCUUCCGGACUCUUAACAUGGACAUGUUCACCUGGGAGCCUGGAAAAGCAAGACUGGAUAAACAAGGGAAGGUCAAUGCUUGGACGUCUGGACACAGUGACCAGUCCCAGUGGCUACAGGUUGACAUGCUUCGGCCAACAAAAAUUACAGGCAUUAUUACCCAAGGGGCAAAAGACUUUGGACAUGUUCAGUUUGUUGGCUCCUAUAAGGUGGCUUACAGCAAUAAUGGUGAAAGAUGGCUUAUAUAUCAGGAUGAAAAACAGAAGAAAGACAAGGUCUUUCAAGGAAAUUUUGAUAAUGACACCCACAGAAAGAAUGUGAUAGAUCCUCCCAUCUAUGCCAGAUUCGUUCGGAUCCUUCCCUGGUCAUGGUAUGGCAGAAUCACUUUGCGUGCGGAGUUACUUGGAUGCACAGAGGAGGAGUGAAGACCCCUGUUUAUUUUCCCUUUGCUACACUUUGGUCUAUAUUUAAUAUAAACUGUGCUUAAACAUGUCAAAUUAAAAUUGAUUUCACACAAAUUUUCCCAUUUUUAAAAAAAAUAUUACCAUUUGUUUAUAUUCUUAUUUUCUAAAGAUGCAGAAUUUAGUCAUCUAUCAUGCCCUAUUUGUAAGUUAUUUUUGUGGUGUGUGCCAUUUAGUAAAUUAUUUCAUUAUUUUUCUAGUAUUUUCUUUUUUUUUUUUUUUUGAAGAGCUAAAGGGUGAGUUUUUUUACUGUGCUUUACGCAGUGGAACCACAGCCACUGUACAGUGUCACUUUAAUCUAGAACAAAAAAAAAAAAUAAUGACAUGCAGUGCUUCUUGGGCCAUGAUCACAAGAGAUGACAGAAAAGACUAAAAUUAAUUUGUAAAAUAUGUUUCUACUUUUAUUUGAACAGCAGGGCUGACUGAAGUUACAGUAUAUCACAAGCGACACUGAUAUUGUUGUGUAGACAAAAAUAUGUUGGUAUUGUAUUAUAUGUAAAACGCAAAAUAACUGCAUGAUGCAAAAAUAAAUAGAAGUAUAAGACAACAGGAUGUAUAAGUUCAAAUUAAAGCAUUUCGUAGAUCAUUUUUAUUAAUCAUUGCAAAUUUUUAUGAUCUGAUUUCCUGUACUUUUCUAAAGACACUGUUACAUGCUUCAUAAUGUAAUGACAUGCCAAUAAAGUUUUGCUAAGAAAAAAAAUAUAUAUAAAAUACUCAAAUUUUGGAAGAACAUACAUCUUAAAGGGCACCUAUGAUGAAAAUCAUCUUUUGUAGGCUGUUUGGACAGUACUGUGUGUAGGUAUAGUAUGUCCACAGUCAUAUCAGAGUAAUAUAAACACAAUAAGUCUCUUUAUUUAAAUCCCUGACAUUAAAAUAGGUUCCAAAUCCCUUCUAUUUCCAGGCCCACCACAACGUGACAUAAGAGUGCAGUUUUCCCACCCAUCGAAUUUAUUGACAGCUGAGCAUUAACAUAUCUCUUGCAGGACUUGCACAAAGCAACCGGGAUUAAAAGAUCUGUUCAGCUCUCUGUGAUUAUCAGUCAUCAUCAAAUUUGAUCAAGAAUGAGUUUUAUAAGUUUAAAAAGUUUUUUAAAAGUGCAUGUUUGUAAUGAAUUACAGCCAUUUUACCAUCUGUACUUUACGCCACAUGUCAGUACAGUUAAUAAAUAAGACUCUUCAAUCUAAAUUUGUAAACAUUAAAUGAGGUUUAUCUUGUACAUUAUCAUAACGGAUAUCCAUACUGCAGGAAUAUUAAUGUCUAUCCUGUCACAUUUGCCAUGCAAAAACAAUGCAAAGUUAAACAAGUUCAUGAACUUUGUAACGGCAGUCUGUGUGACUCAUUAUUGCAAAAAGGCUUUAAUUAACUCCACAGCAAAUACAUCAAAUAAUCAUUGGGAAAGUUUUUACAGUAGUAUUUCUCAAACGUUAUAUGAGAUCUGCUUCCUUCAUGUCUGGCAUUGUGCCAUUUGUCUUACACAGACAGAGAUUGAGGCACACUCUGACAGGCACGUUCAAACGGUAGGUGGGGAGAACUCACAUUAAAGGCACAGGCAACAAAAACAGCUAUAAUGUGUUCAGAGCAGAAAAUUCCAAUAUUCUAAAAGCUAUAUUAAAUAAUCUGAUGGCUGUUUUGAGCUGAAAUUUUACAGGCACAUUCUGGAGACACAAAAAACAUUUUAAAUUUUGAAAAAGGGGUAAAAUAGGGAAAAGGGUAUAAACGGAGAUCAGCUCCAAGUGGGUAGGCCUUCGAGCUCCUAGUGGGAGCCUACUCCAACCAUAAACCCAACCUCACAGUAACCAUUAAUGUUGUAUUAACGCCUACACCUACACCUACCCCAACCCUAAACCCAACCUCACAGUAACCUGGUCUGUUUUAUAAAUAUCUGCUCCACCUACACCACCGUAACCCAGCCUACUUGUGGUUUAAGUCCCUAACAUUUGGAGGUCACCCACUUGCGGUGUACAGACUUGGAGGUCUCCGGGCUGCAACGAUACCUACUUCAAAAUAGGUGCCCUUUAAAAGGUUAGCAUCACACAUAUAGACAAUUGACAAAAAGUCAUGAAGGAAAAGUUGGCAUGUAGGCAGUCUGUAACAAUGACAAAAGAAAUUUAAACGAAAAUAAUGUCUUUGGAUUUAUGUAUGAUUUUGUGUAACUUCCAGACAUCUCUUUUUAUUUAGGCUGUUUACCUGUACUACUGUAUUUUUGUUUUUCUUGUUUGUAAAAACCUCAGGAUAGAUGCCGUCUUUUUUAUUACUUGCAAUUAUAGACUUCAACCUAACUUUGGUGGAAUGCAAAGUCCCUUUGAAAUAUCCCACAUUUGUAUUUGCUUGUUAGAAAAAAAGGAAAAAAAAGUUGUAUGGAAUAUACACUUGAGUGGGAUUAUUCUCUCCUUUUUCUUCUUGUUUUCUUUUUUGGCCCCUUUACAAAGGCACCGAUAAAUGACAGCUUCCAUGUAUGGAAAGAUUAGAUGCAGAUGUUCAUACAGCUGUUAGGUAAUCAUCAAAAUCGAGUUAUGCAUUUCAAAGGUGAGCACCAUUGGGUUGUGAAAUCACUGCAUCAAUUUACUUUUUUGGGGGGGAAAUUUUCUGGGCUCAUGACCCAAAUGUGAUAUACACAUGCAUAUAUACAACAAGAACCCAGGGGGUAGGGUGUUAUACUAUUUGUACAGUCUUGAAUGUUACCUAAAAAAAGUUCAAAAUGUGUUAACAUACAGUAUAUCAUACACCAGAAUCAGCGUACACAUCACUUACACUACCAUCUUUUUUAACUAACCGAUAAGUGUUGGCAUCGUGUUUCUCUGUUUAUCAUGACUAUUGACAUAUAUGGAGGUAAUAUCAGUAAUUAUUGUCUAACAUUUCCCUGUGUCUGAGACUCUUCUCUAGCACUGUUCAAAUGACUUGUGUGCACAUAAUUUUGUUUGCACAUUUUUUGUACAGACCUUUUGAGAAUGAUUGUGUGUUAAGAAGAAAAAAAAAUCUAAAUGUGAGGUCCACAGGCACAUCCUUUGAAAAUGAUACCUAAAAUAUAUACAUAUAUUGGUGGGUCUGAUAGUCCAGCAUUUACAUUACAUGUGCUGUGAAUAGUGAUUGUUUGAAAACUUGUAUAGAGUAAAAGUCAAGAGAGACCCGGUGUGCCACAUACUCCUUUGGAUUUGCAUUUAUGCUGUCAGCUGUUAAAAAAAAGAAAAAGAAAAAAAAAGUCAUGUUUCUUUUUGUUUCAUUCUGUGUCAAGCAAGUGCUAUAUUGUCAAACAUAACAAUUACAAAUUAUUAGUUAAAGCGAAGUGUACAAAGGAGGACAGCCAUUGCUAACAUAUAGACAGCUCUUUUGUUUUGGACAAAUAAAAUAAAAUAAAUCUG